AUGUCUAAGACCGUCCACCUGCUCGACUAUGUCGCCGGUAACAUUCGCAGCCUGGUAAAUGCCAUUGAGAAGAUAGGAUAUCAGGUUGAGUGGAUCAAGUCUCCCGACGACGUGCCCAAAGCCGAGAAGCUCAUCCUCCCCGGUGUCGGCCACUUUGGUCACUGCCUGUCCCAGCUCGCCCAGGCCGGUUACCUGCCCGCUAUCCAACAGCACAUCGCCACCGGCAAGCCCUUCUUUGGAGUUUGCGUCGGCCUGCAGGCGCUCUUCCGCGGCUCCGCCGAGGACCCCGACGUUCCUGGGCUCGGCGUCGUCGCCGCUUCGCUCGACCGCUUCGCCGAUGCCGACAAGCCCGUCCCCCACAUUGGCUGGAACGACGCCAACACUCACGGCCGUGCCAUCUACGACCUGCGCGCCGACUCCAAGUACUACUACGUCCACUCCUACAAGUGUCCCCACAACCCUGGCGAGCUCGAGGCCCUAGGUUGGACCGUCGCGACCGGUACCUACGGCGGCGAGACCUUUGUCGGCGCCAUCGCCAAGGGCAACAUCUACGCGACGCAGUUCCACCCUGAAAAGUCUGGUGUCGCCGGCUUGCGCACCCUCCGCGCGUUCCUCACCGGUACCGGCGCUCAGAGCCUUGGCACUCCCCUGACGCAGACCGCCGCCGCAACCUCCAAAUCCUCACAGGAAGGCCUGACGAGACGCGUGAUUGCGUGCCUCGACGUGCGCACCAACGACCAGGGCGACCUCGUCGUGACCAAGGGCGACCAGUACGAUGUCCGCGACAAGGCCGACGGCAACCACGUGCGCAACCUCGGCAAGCCCGUCGACAUGGCCCGGCGCUACUAUGAAGACGGCGCCGAUGAGGUCACCUUCCUCAAUAUCACAUCCUUUCGCGACUGCCCGCUCGCGGACCUGCCGAUGCUCGAGGUGCUGCGGCAGGCGUCGCGCACCGUCUUCGUUCCGCUGACCGUCGGUGGCGGCAUCCGCGACACGGUCGACACGGACGGCACCAAGGUGACCGCGCUCGAGAUCGCCACCAUGUACUUCAAGUCGGGCGCGGACAAGGUCUCCAUCGGCUCCGACGCCGUCAUCGCCGCCGAGGAGUACUACUCGCUCGGCCGCAAGCUCUUCGGCGACACGGCCAUUGAGCAGAUCGCCCGCGCCUACGGCAACCAGGCCGUCGUCGUCAGCGUCGACCCCAAGCGCGUCUACGUGCCCAAGCGCGACGCCACGCGCCACGCGCUCGUCGAGACCAGCCAGCCCGGUCCCCGCGGCGAGCCCUACUGCUGGUACGCCUGCACCAUCAAGGGGGGCCGCGAGACGCGCGACAUGGACGUCGUCGAGCUUGCCCAGGCCGUCGAGGCCAUGGGCGCCGGCGAGCUGCUCCUCAACUGCAUCGACCGCGACGGCACCAACGCCGGCUUUGACCUCGAGCUCGUCGCCCAGGUCAAGGCCGCCGUCAGCAUCCCCGUCAUCGCCUCGAGUGGUGCCGGCGUGCCCGCGCACUUUGACGAGGUCUUCCGCGAGACCACCACCGACGCCGCCCUCGGCGCCGGCAUGUUCCACAGGGGCGAGUACACGGUCCGCCAGGUCAAGGAGUACCUGGACACGCGCGGCCUGGUGGUGAGGAAGUUUGAGGAGGACGACGAUGACGGCGUCCUGGGGUCGGUAUAA